UUCUCAAGACUUACGUUGGUGCAAACAACUCUCUGGACUUCUUCGAAAGAAUCUCGCACAGCAAAAGAUGUCUCCGGAAGAAAUUUUCGACUUGGAAUGUCAAUGCAGGUAUUGCAAGGAUCAGCGGAUCUUCGAGCGUAUAAACAAAGGCUUCAAAUUCGUGGGAGGCCUGCUGGUCACCACCUUUCUGUGUGAAGUCGCCAUUCUGGCUGCCCCCGCCGCGCUCGGUCUUGCAGGAUAUGGCGCUAGAGAAGUUCGUGCGGUCUCAUGGGCGACCAGAGCUCGAUCGUGGAUCGGAAACAUAUGGGCAGGGCGCGCGCUCACCACGGUGACUUCCACGGCUGCGAGGAGGACGUUGAGCCCGGCAGCGGCGAGCGGGAUACGAGCUGUCUUCCACACGAUAUACCUCGGCGGCGCCGCCGCCGGAUCACUGGUCAAUACCGAUAAGGACGGGGAUCCCGCAGUUCCCGAUACAGAAGAAGCAUGGGACAAUCUAAUCAAUGAAGCUAUCUCGAGAGGCCUGAUUUGUGGGGAGUGCAUGAAGAGGUGCGACUCCAUGCUCCGAGGACUUUGUGAAUCUGUUUGCAAAUGUGGUCUUCUGUUGGCUCCGGGAAUGAGCGGGUACAUUGAGGAAUGGUCGUCAGGCUUGCCGGAGCUCGUUCUCUAAGCGUAAUCGAUAAUACGUCAAGCUCACGACGGGUCUGCGAGAAGGGAAUGCAAUCCACGAAUGAAGGAUCAAUACUUCUUUCGGAGGAGAUGAUCGUUUGGCCAGGAACAGCUGUGGAUGAUAUCCGCAGGAAGUUCGUGGAGCCCUGCCAGCGAUCCAAAUAGACGACUCGACUCUCCCCGAUACCAACCAGUCCGGGCCUCGCUGUGGCGAAAUCGUGGGACUUAUGAUCAAGAAUGUUCCCAUUCUGGUGCGGUUGCACCAUGCGAGGCGGCCAGUAAGCCGCCGGCAUCGCAAGAACAGACAUCGAAACCCAUCGGAAGUAGACAAUGCUACAA